GGCGGACUAGCUGACCGACAGUCCUCCCGGGUCCGGAAGGAGAUCUUUACCCUGCCUCAGAAUUCCGGAGCCCUGGACCCUACGUAGGAGCUAAAUAACUCCCAAGGCUUCUAGCUGUUUCAUUCAGACGUUUUCACCAACGCAACUACAUUAUUUCCAACAUCCUUUUCCAGGUUCCAUGAUAAGAAUAUACUAGCGGCGAAAGAACACCGAAUUGGGAGUCAGAAAGCCUGGGUUCUAGUCCUGACUGCCAUUAACCAGCGGUAUGACAUAGGAGAAGGCUUUUUGACCUCUCUGGACUCCAUUUUCCUUUUCUUUAAAAUGAGGGGCUUGGAAUAAGUAGCAAGAGAAAGAUGAACCAGAAGAUACUUAAGUUGGAGAACUUGCUACGAUUUCACACUAUUUGUAGGCAGCUGCACAGCCUGUAUCAAAGAAGAAUGUUGGCACGGUGGAGGCACGUGUUUUCAUCUGCUUACCCGGUGUGGCCAGCUCAGCUGUAUGCCCAGCCCUGGCAAACAGAUGCGCUCAUCAGAGCCGCUUUAUCUCAACAUAGGCUUCUGGUGACAAAGAAGGAAAAAAAAUCACAGAAAUCUCAGUUAUCUUCAACAAAAUCUAAAAAGGAGGUGGAGGUAUGGAUUGGAAUGACUGUUGAGGAGCUGGCCAGAGCAAUGGAAAAAGACAUAGAUUGUGUAUAUGAAUCUUUAUUGAACACUGCUAUUGACAUAGAUUCACUAGAAGCACACUCACAUUUAGAUGAAGUCUGGAUCAAAGAAGUGAUAAAGAAGUCAGGGAUGAAGUUAAAAUGGAGCAAAUUAAAACAGGACAAAGUCAGAGAAAAUAAAGAUGCUGUAAAAAGGCCCCAGGCAGAUCCAGCUUUAUUAAUCCCAAGGUCCCCAGUUGUUACUGUAAUGGGCCAUGUUGAUCAUGGAAAAACGACGUUACUUGACAAACUGCGAAAAACUCAAGUGGCAGCAAUGGAAGCUGGAGGCAUCACUCAGCACAUUGGUGCCUUUCUUGUUUCUCUGCCUUCUGGGGAAAAGAUAACCUUUCUUGAUACUCCAGGACAUGCUGCUUUCUCAGCAAUGAGAGCCAGAGGUGCUCACGUCACUGACAUUAUCAUAUUGGUUGUAGCUGCAGAUGAUGGAGUGAUGAAACAAACUGUAGAAUCCAUUCAGCAUGCCAAAGAUGCUCAAGUUCCUGUUGUCCUUGCCAUAAACAAAUGUGACAAAGCUGAGGCUGAUCCUGAGAGAGUGAAAAAAGAACUGCUAGCUUAUGAUGUGGUAUGUGAGGAUUAUGGAGGCGACAUUCAAGCAGUGCAUGUUUCUGCACUCACGGGCGAUAACCUGAUGGCUUUGGUAGAGGCAACAAUUGCUCUUGCAGAAAUGUUAGAAUUGAAAGCAGACCCUACUGGUCCAGUUGAAGGAACAGUAAUAGAAUCUUUCACAGACAAAGGAAGAGGUCCUGUUACUACAGCUAUAAUUCAAAGAGGAACUUUGAGAAAAGGCUCCAUUCUGGUUGCUGGAAAGAGUUGGGCAAAAGUACGCUUAAUGUUUGAUGAAAAUGACAAAGCAAUCAAUGAGGCCUGUCCCAGCAUGCCAGUGGGAAUUAUAGGCUGGAGAGACCUCCCUUCUGCAGGAGAUCAAAUUCUUGAAGUAGAAUCUGAGCCAAGGGCACGUGAAGUUGUUCACUGGAGGAAGUAUGAGCAAGAACAGGAGAAAAAUAAAGAGGAUCUGGAAUUAAUAGAAGAAAAGCGAAAGGAACACCAAGAAGCACAUCGGAAAGCCCGCGAGAAGUAUGGCACUUUGCCCUGGAAGGAGAGGUCAUUUAUAAAGUACAAAAUAAAAAAACAGCAGCAACCCUUAAAGCCAAAAGAAAAAGCAGGAGGAGAUUCAAAUGUACUUCCUAUAAUUAUUAAAGGUGAUGUUGACGGUUCCGUUGAGGCCAUUUUGAACAUUAUGGAUACCUAUGAUGCUUCACAUGAGUGUGAACUAGAGUUAGUACAUUUUGGUGUGGGUGAUAUUAGUGAAAACGAUGUUAACCUUGCUGAAACAUUUCAUGGUGUUAUAUACGGCUUCAAUGUGAAUGCAGGCAAUGUUAUCCAGCAGUCGGCUGCAAAAAAAGGAGUAAAAAUUAAACUUCACAAAAUCAUUUACCGUCUUAUUGAAGAUUUGCAGGAGGAACUGAGCAGUAGAUUGCCCUGCAUUGUGGAAGAGCACACAAUAGGUGAGGCUUCUAUACUAGCUACCUUCUCUAUAACAGAAGGGAAGAAAAAAGUUCCUGUGGCCGGCUGCAGAGUCCAAAAGGGACAGUUAGAAAAGCAAAAAAAAUUUAAAUUAAUACGUAAUGGACAUGUUAUUUGGAAGGGCUCAUUAAUCUCACUGAAACACCAUAAAGAUGAUAUUUCAGUCAUCAAAACUGGAAUGGAUUGUGGUCUUAGUUUGGAUGAAGAAAAGAUAGAAUUUAAAGUGGGAGAUGAUAUUGUCUGUUAUGAAGAAAAAGAAGUUCUAGCCAAGACUUCUUGGGAUCCAGGAUUUUAAAAUUAUGUUAAAGAUGUAAAUUAUUAAAUGUUUUGCUUUAUUACAGA